AUGCAGAUUCCCGCCACGAGCCGAACGCCACGCCGGAUUCCCGAUGGAAUGUGGCGGAUUGUCAUAGGGUCCGAGGACGAACGCCACGCCGGCAUGGCCUUGACCUACAAGACCAAGAACUUCAUUGAUUUUGAGCUCAUUCCCGGAGUGCUGCAUCGGGUGCCGGAGACAGGGAUGUGGGAGUGCAUCGACUUGUACCCGGUCGGCGCCGCGAAGGGCAUCGACAUGACGGAGGCCGUCGCGGCGGCAUCCAACAGCGGCGGCAGUGAAGUUUUGCAUGUCAUGAAGGAGAGCUCAGACGACGACCGACAUGACUACUACGCGCUAGGGAGGUAUGAUGCAGCGACAAACAAGUGGACGCCGCUAGAUGCCGAUGCCGAUGUCGGCAUCGGGCUGAGGUAUGACUGGGGAAAGUUCUACGCAUCCAAGACCUUCUAUGACCCGGCCAAGAAGAGGCGUGUGUUGUGGGGCUGGGUCGGCGAGACCGACUCCGAGCGUGCCGACGUGGCCAAGGGAUGGGCCUCCCUACAGUCGAUCCCUCGCACGGUGGUGUUGGACACCAAGACUGGCAGCAACCUCAUCCAGUGGCCAGUGGUGGAGGUGGAGACACUCCGUACCAACUCCACCAACCUCGGCAGCAUCACCGUCGACCACGGCUCUGUCUUCCCUCUCAGCCUCCACCGUGCCACACAGCUCGACAUCGAGGCUUCCUUCCGCCUCGACCCACUCGAUGUCGUCGCCGCCAAGGAGGCUGAUGUCGGCUACAACUGCAGCACCAACAGUGGUGCGGCCGGUCGUGGCGCGCUUGGCCCAUUUGGCCUGCUCGUACUUGCCGACGCCAAGCGCCAUGGUGGAGACACGGAGCAGACCGCCAUCUACUUCUACGUCGCCAGAGGCCUUGACGGCGGCCUGCGCACGCACUUCUGCCAUGAUGGGUCACGGUCGUCGCGUGCCAACGACAUUGUGAAGAGGGUUGUCGGUAACGUCGUGCCGGUGCUUGAUGGCGAGGCGCUAUCCAUCAGAGUACUGGUGGACCACUCCAUAGUCGAGAGCUUUGCACAGGGCGGGAGGUCGACAGUGACUUCGCGAGUGUACCCAACCGAGGCCAUCUACGCCAACGCCGGGGUGUACCUCUCCAACAAUGCCACUGGUGCCCGCGUCACCGCCACUAGCCUCGCCGUACAUGAGAUGGACUCCUCCUACAAUCAGGCCUACAUGGCUUCACUGUAAAAAGAAACGGACAGAUUAUUUUUUGGUUGCAUAUAUAUGUGUAUUCUCUUUCUAAAUUUUUCUUUUUCAUCUUUAUUAUGUCUAUUCAUUGUCGAGGCCUUUCAGUAGCUGUAACCCUAGUGGAAGAUGCCAUGACACAAGGCUAGAGCUGUACAUGUACAAC